UUUUUUUUCUCUUUAAAAAAAACUUUUUUUUCAUAAAAAAAAAUGGACGUGGAAGCGAGAAGGAAAUAUUGUGGACUCUUGAUGUUCCCUCCAACACCAUCGAGGAACAAUGAUAUUACCAUUAAUAAUAUGUCAAUGAGGGACGUUGACCCUUCCUCAUCGACUUAUGAAUCAUCUAGAAUCAUGAUGAAUGACCAUCAAUUCGUUAUGCAAGACGGUUUCGGUGAAUUUACAGCUUCAAGUCGCGCUCUCGCAGCUGGUGCCGCUGCCGGUGGUGACUUAAUAAAUCAAGAAAAUCUUGAUACUUCAAAUGUAAUAGAUGGUGAUGCAAAUUCAAAAUCUCAACCUGCAAAAAGAACUCCAAGACCUCCAAAUGCUUUUAUCCUUUAUAGAAGAGCAAAACAACCUGGUAUCAUCGCAUCUCAAAGAAAUUUAACCAAUGCUGAAGUAUCAAGAACAAUAAGUGAUAUGUGGAGAAAAGAACCUGAAGAAAUUCGAUUAGAAUGGGAAAGAUACGCCGAUCGAAAAAAAUUGGAACAUAUGCAAACUUAUCCAAAUUAUGUUUACCGUCCUAAUAAAAAUAAGUCCAAAGUUGAUAAAAGAAGGCAACAAAGAAAACAAAGUACUAAAGAUUCAACAAAUUCAUCAAAUAAUAAUAACAAUAAUAGCAAUAAUAAUAAUUUGGUUGAAAAUAAACCAACAAACCCAGGACCCGUUAGAAGAAGAUCAACAAAGAAUGUUAACAGUAAACCACCUACUAAAUUGGACUUACCUUUAUCAAUGAACGGAAUGGCUGGAUUCAAUCAACAAAAUUCUAAUAAUAAUAAUACUUCAAGUACAUAUGCCACAAUACUUCCUAGUCCUGAGAUUCCCUUGUUCAGCAACAGCAACAACAACAACAUCAUCAUCAUCAGGGAAAUGCUCAACAUUUCUCCUUCCAGCCCAUUCCCUUAA